AUGGCAGCACAAGAACACUUUGACCUUGAAAAACAAUCAGACUACCCCGGAGAAACCGGAACCCCAAUCGCCCGCAUCCAAACCUCAGGACAAGACAAUGAAAUCCUUCAUAUUGGCGACACAAAAGUUUACAAGCAUGAACUCAUGGCUGCCUUUGGUGGUUCCCUGAAUGUUGGUCUUUCCGAAGCUCCCUCACGCAAAUUUGCCAACCCAGGUCCUUUGGGUCUUUCUGCCUUUGCUCUAACCACUUUCUGUCUCUCGCUAGUCAAUGUCCAAGCCCGUGGUGUUACUAACGCAUCAGGUGUUGUUGGUCUUGCUUACUUUUAUGGUGGUAUUAUCCAACUUUUGGCCGGAAUGUGGGAGAUUGUGGUUGAAAACAAUUUCGGUGCCACUGCUCUGUCUUCCUAUGGUGGGUUUUGGCUAGGCUGGGCUGCUCUUAAUACAAAAGCUUUUGGACUCAGAGCUGCAUAUUCUUCUGAUCGUGAAUGGAGUGAAGUGGUGGGCUUCUUUUUAUUAGGAUGGCUUUUAUUCAAUACCAUGUUGCUUAUGCUCACUCUUAAAUCUACUUUUAUUUUCUUCAUUCUUUUCUUUGUUGUUGAACUUACCUUUUUGUUUUUGACUAUCGGACACAUUGGCCACAGCACUGCUUGCAACAAGGCUGGUGGGUACUUUGGACUUAUUGCAUCAGUUUUGGCCUGGUACAAUGCUUAUGCUGGUCUGGCGACUCACGAAAACUCUUACUUUGUGCCCAAGGUCAUUUACAUGCCUGGCACUGUUUUACCUGAAAAGAAGAAAUAA